GGGCGGAGAAAGGGCGGAGAGUGAGUGCGAGCCGAGCACAGAGGGAGAGACUGAGCCAGCCCAAAAAUGUUCAGCUUUUUCCGGCGCACGCUGGGCCGCCGGUCCAUGCGCCGGCAUGCUGACAAGGAACGUUUGCGUGACGCUCAGAGGGCAACUACCCACAUCCCUGCAGCUGGAGACGCAAAGUCGAUUAUCACUUGCCGAGUUUCACUGCUUGAUGGGAGUGAUGUCAGUGUGGAUCUGCCAAAAAAGGCGAAAGGGCAGGAGCUGUUUGAUCAGAUCAUGUACCACUUGGACCUGAUCGAGAAGGACUACUUCGGCCUGCAGUUCAUGGAUUCCGCGCAAGUGCCUCAUUGGUUGGAUCACACCAAGAGCAUCAAAAAACAAGUAAAAAUUGGAUCCCCUUAUUGCCUUCACCUCAGAGUAAAAUUCUACUCCUCCGAACCCAAUAACCUUCGGGAAGAACUCACCCGAUACCUCUUUGUUCUACAACUGAAACAAGACAUUCUGAGUGGAAAGUUAGAAUGUCCGUUUGACACUGCGGUGCAGCUGGCAGCCUAUACUUUGCAAGGUGAGCUUGGCGAUUACGACCCUACAGAGCAUAUUCCAGAGCUGGUCUCAGAGUUCCGGUAUGUGCCGACGCAGACUGAAGAUAUGGAACUUGCAGUGUUUGAAAAGUGGAAAGAAUUCCGGGGACAGACUCCCGGAGAAGCCGAGACAAAUUAUUUGAACAAAGCGAAGUGGUUGGAGAUGUAUGGAGUGGACAUGCACAUUGUGAAGGCCAGAGAUGGGAACGAUUACCAGCUUGGGCUGACACCAACUGGGGUUCUGGUUUUUGAAGGUGAAACAAAGAUCGGAUUAUUUUUCUGGCCCAAAAUCACCAGGCUGGAUUUUAAGAAAAGCAAACUGACGCUGGUUGUAGUGGAAGAUGACGAACAGGGGAAGGAGCAGGAACACACAUUUGUAUUUAAGAUGGAUCACCCUCGUGCAUGCAAGCACCUAUGGAAGUGCGCCAUAGAACAUCACGCCUUUUUCCGUCUCCGUGGCCCAGUUCAUAAAAGCUCCAGUCGCUCUGGGUUUAUCCGGUUUGGAUCACGUUUUAGAUACAGUGGGAAGACUGAAUAUCAAACCACAAAGUCCAGUAAACCGAGACGGUCAUCUACAUUUGAACGUAGACCAAGUAAACGCUACUCACGGCGAACACUGCAGAUGCAGACGAGAGCGCAGGCCGCAAAACUCGAACAGCCACAUACCCGUAGCGAUCCUGCAUCCCAAACCAAUGGAUCUCAGCAAGUUUGGACAGGGAAGCCAACCCUUCCUGUCGUCAGCAAUAUACCUUCAGGGCCAGUGUUGGUGGAAAUCGAGAACCUUCCCAGGAGCCCCGGAGCUGGCCAGGGAGAGAAGAAAUGCUUUAUCGGGUUACUGGAUAGCCAGGACUUGCUGGAAAGCGGCCUUGAUGAAGUGUUGGCCCUGCAGGUCCCUACUGGCUACGUUCCAGGUUUGGAUGCCACUGGUUUGGGAUUCUCCAACCCUUGCCUGGAGGAGGUGAAGACUGAGUUUGCGGAUUCCCCAUCAGUGUUUGACGGCAUAGCAGUAAAACUGAAUAAUCUGGAAGCCAAUGGAGCGUCAGUGUGUCCGGUACGGGCAAAUAUGAACAUCAGUGUGAACAAGCAGGAUGGUGCUGAAAAGCUGACCGAGAAAUGUCUGAAUAAUGCUAGAGAGAGCGCGCAGACAUCACCGGCCUGGAUCACAGCCGACAUAAAGAGCAAUAUAUUAAAGGCCCAGCUGGAAGCUGGACAGCACAAGAUCACAAAGGAUGAGCUGGUGACUGUUGACAAGAACUGCGUUGGAGACGAUCAUCUGACCAGGAACGUAACUGUGAAAAUGAAUAACCUCUCAUUAACAAACUUAAACCAGGAAUGUGCCGAGUCGGGGGAGUCUCCAGGUUCAUGUUCUUUCCUCAUUCCAGAGAAAGAUGUCCCCAGAUUCGAAAGCCCUGUGAUUCCGUCCGUCUCUGUUGCAGUAGAGGAGGCUUCGGGGAUUAAGAGCGCCACGGACGAUCUUGACGUUCUCCUAGCCUCACUCACAGAGAAUCUUAUUGACCUUUCAGACAAACCUCCACAGGUGCCCUCAUACACCACAAUUACUCCACGUUGGAUUGUACCAACUUCCACCACAUCCAAUGGACACCUGACUGGGGACACAAACCUGCCUGUUAAAGCAAUAAGCCCCUCUGGAGACACUUUCUCUACCACUGUAGACGCUGUCGAUCCCCCACACCCUGCUGAGGCCAACACAAGCACUGUGAUUUGUGAAGAGCUGAUCAGGCCGAAAUGUCUGCUCACCACCGAACUGUGAAACUGCUUCUGCCUUCCUGGGAAUCACUGGACUCCACUAAAUAAUGGGAUCCUGGGAGCGAGGUUGGAUUGCUCUUAGCCGGUCCUGUUGGUAACAGGACUGACUGUAUUAGUAGGUUCACGAUUAUAUUUUCUACACUGGAAGAUUUUUCUUUUCUACUGAUACCUGAACUGUGAUGGUUUUAACGGGACAGACACAUCCCAAAACAUUCCAUGUUUAUCUAAAAGACAAUUACAGUGUGACUCCUUAGCUAAACGACUGCCUUAAACAUUACUAAAUUAUUGUACCAUCAUCCGUCAGAUUUUAUAGUGUAAUUAUAGGAUUUAGUACAGUUAAUGUUUAACAGAUGACAACAAGGAUUUUACUCCUAUGGCUGCAGUUAACUGCUUACAACUGUCCUGUGCUGGCAAAUCUUUCUCCUUAAAGGUGAUACUGUUUAAUAAUUGCUGUGUAAACCUCGUAAUGUUUCUGGUCUGAUCCCUUUAAAUACAAAUGGAAGAUUCUUCCCCAAAAAUAUGAGAGAACACUUUCUGCAGCCAUCAUUUUAAAAACAUUGGAAGUUUCAAAUGUUCCUUUUGUUAGUUAAAAAGUGGAGUUUUAAAAAUGUUUCAAUAUUGAUUGUAUCCUUGGCAGCUAAUACCAUGGGCAGGAUUCUGUAUCGAGGCCUCUGCAGGGAUCACAGGUAGAGCCAGCCCUGUAAUAAUUUGUACAAUUUCCAUUUCUCACUGCCAUUUCCAGCAGCUGAGCCGCGUAGCACAGGACUGGCUGCUGCUGGAAGUGCGAGGUUAGUGUGUGGUUGUGUCCCAGCUGAUUUGGAGUAAUUUUAAUAAAUAAUCGGUCUCUUGGGUCCAGUUUCUCAUAGCUGCCAUGUUCUCCUUUGGCAGCUGCUAUAUGUACCACUACCUCUUAUCUCCUGUACUCUUAUAUAGGUGUCUCAGUACAGUGUGCAUUGUACGGGCUGCGGUACGAAGGAUACAUAGGGUGGGUUAAGGUUUUUAAAAUAUUCCAGCUCUGAGAGACCUAGAAGUCACGCGGGUGACAUUUUUAAUGUGUUCCCUUACAGCCAUGUGUUUUAAUAUGGGUAUUGAAUGUGACUACACAGCUGCAGUAACUCAGGUAGGGCGAUGGAGAUCGUGGUUAGGGACAGAAUUCCCCAAAUCCUCCUAACUUAACUUGCGCCAUGCUUCCGCCUACACCGCUAGUAGAACAGGGUUUCAUUAACUAGUUCUGCCAGGGUGUAUCGGUCAGUUCCUGCCAGUUACUGACAAGUAAAUGAAAUGACAGAGUACCAAUUUUAAGACUGCACAAUCUACUGUAACAAAUUGCCUGUUUAUACUGCAAUGGUUGAUUUACGUCAAUUACCAUGCAGUGUGAAUAACAUACUGCCUAGGGAUGCACCAGACACUUUGUAUCUGCUGUGUUCACCACAGUACUAGGGAGCAUUGCAGCCCCCCAUCACUCCUGUCACUGUUAAAGGUCAGCCCCCCUACCACCAGGGAUCUCAUAGCCAAACCAACCUUCACAAUGCACAUAAACUGUUAAUAUGACUUGAAAAGGAGGUUUUGGGUCUAAAUUCCAAUGAAUUUUGGGGUGUAAAAAUGUAAGUCUCUUGCGUUGGAGUUGAACUGCAACUCUCCUAACCAGCAGUUGGGGUGGUGGGUUUCUAUUGAACACCCCUGAAUACGUUUAGUUGGUUUUACAGGAGGCAGUUUGUCGCGUAUUUCGUACUUCUGAAUAGGGGGCUCUACCGUUACUGAUUCACGGAAAGCAAACACAGCAGGAGAAAGCUAGAAGCAUACAACAGUACUUAUCUACAAAAUGUGGAGUUCUGGAAAAUUUGGCAGGGUCCUGUAGCUUUUAGAUGAGACUAGCCAGGCAAAAAAAAGCUAAAUUGGGGAAGUUUUUGAAUUGAAUAAUUCCUUGGUAAAUUCCUCAUAACUCUUGCGGUGGUGAAUGAACGAAGUGGUAAUGCCCACAACAAACCAUGAGGUCUUCAAAUGUCUGGGUUACCCCCUAAACGGAACUUCUGGGAAAUCAAAACUCAUUUAAAGAGACUUUUACAUUGUAGGACAAAUGGCUACAUUGGAGCAAUUCUCACAAUUCCAUGGCUUCUGCUCAGCUACUUUUAGCCUAAAAUUCUACACGAAUUUCCUACAAUUCCCUUUUUAGUGAGUUUUACUCUACGAUACCAGCACUGCAGAUUCACUGCCUCCAGAAUUCUUCCAUGAUGAUGUGUUUUUAUCUAAUAAUACACCACUGUUCCCUCUACACUAAUAUUGUUUAACCUCAGAACCUGUUUGUAUUUAAAGACACAGGUUGUACAAUGUAUCCUUAAAUCUGAAUAUAUAUAAUAUAUAUUUUAGCUCUUUUUUACUUGUGUAACACUAAACGCUGGAUUUCUUGUAUUUGCUAUGUAAAGCAUUGCUGUAGAUGAAAUGUAAGUUAUUUUUUAUUGCGUACACGAUUAGCCGCACUGAGAUUUUUUGCUUUGUACACACUGUGAAUUAAUUCCUGCUCUGAAAUACAUAAAGAAACCACUUA